UUUAUAUAUCUACUCGUUACUAAUUAUCUAAACUAUUAUGAAACAAAAAGAAACAUCCAACUCUCACAGAACACAACAAUGGAAAAACAGCAACCUCCGGCCAAGAAACGAAACAUGGGAAGAUCAAGAAAAGGUUGUAUGAAAGGUAAAGGUGGUCCAGAGAACUCUACUUGUACUUUUCGUGGAGUUAGGCAACGCACUUGGGGUAAAUGGGUCGCUGAGAUUCGUGAGCCUAACCAUGGCACUCGCCUCUGGCUCGGUACUUUCAAUACCUCAGUAGAAGCCGCCGUGGCUUACGAUGAAGCCGCUAAGAAGCUUUACGGGCAUGAAGCUAAACUCAACUUGUUGCACCCACAACAACAACAACAAAAGCAAGGUGUAAAUAGAGACUUGUCUUUCUCGAGCCACGGGUCCAGUUCUUGGGAUUAUAAGCUAGAUGGGGUUCAUGGGUUGGACUUUGGUCUUGGCUCAUCUAAUGGGUCACGAGGUUCGUGGUCGGGGAGUCUAAGUUUUAUACAAGAUGGUAAAACUACAAGUGAGUCGAGUGUUUCUUGGUUAUUACCAAAACGAAGUGACUCAGAAGAUCAAGAAAGCGUUAAUGCUGCGAGUGGUUUGACAUUUUCGACGAAGUUGAAGCAGAAGAACUUGAUGAUGACUCCUGAUUAUGGUUUAUCAAAUGGAGUUGGUUAUAGAUUUCUUUUGGGCCAAGAAACGAAUAUGGAAUAUGACAUGUCAUCAUCUUGGGGCUCGUCGGACAAUAAGGAAAGUAUCUUAGUUCCUAGUGUUGGCGGCGGAAAAGCGAUGCUUAGGCCGGAGGUGGAGGACGGGACAGGGUAUUUAGAGAUGGAUGAUCUUUUGGAGAUUGAUGAUUUGGGUUUGUUGAUAGGAAAAAAUGGAGACUUCAAGAGUUGGUGUUGUGAUGAGUUUCAACAUCCAUGGAAUUGGUUCCUAGAGUGAGUUUUAUAUAUACUAUCAUUGUUAUUAUUUAUCAUAAAUAUCUUUAUAGUUCGAUAUAAAAGAUUAAUUAAUUUGUUACAUAUAUAUUCACAUCAAUCGUCAUGGGACGUUCUUCUCUUCUUGCAUGUAGUCCUGUGUGUAUAAAUAGGUUUGAGGAUGUUUUGAGUUCCCCUAAACGAUAUGUAAUGGAAAAAUAUAUUUGAAA